AUGUCGUUUUCUUAUGACCAUUCCUUGGAAAAGUGGCAACGCGCGGUUACAGAGAGUAACGCACGGAUCCGAAUUCUUGAGCUGUAUCCGAGUCGCGAUGCAGAUGCCAACUUGCUGCACGGUACUCUUGCGUGGGUACCAUUAUCGCUAACAACAUCCAUACCUCGAGAUGAAACAGGAAAUGACACAUCGCAACAACCGCUCAAUGAUUUCUCCUACAAGGCCCUUUCGUAUACAUGGGGCAACGGCAGUCUAACUCACAGCAUCACUGUCAACGGAGCAUCGCUCAAGAUUACUCGGUCUCUCUUCGAUGCUCUCUCCCAUCUGCAGCCCUCCACCCACCCGCUCAAAAUAUGGAUCGACCAAAUUUGCAUCAAUCAGCAAGACUCCAAGGAAAAAGAAGAACAGGUCAGCCUCAUGGAACGCAUCUACAGAACCUCUGAAGAAACCCUCGUCUGGCUCGGUCCCUCCGCCAACGGAUCCGACGGGUUGCUCGAUUUUUUCGCAAGGAUCGGCACCUUUGCGGAGACGCACAACAUGCUCGUGUACUGGACCAAAGCACGGAGGGCGGAGUUUUUUGCCAUAACGAGCAAGUCUGAUCCGAACGACGCCAUGACAAAGGAGUACCACGCCUUCUGUAAGGCCACCGCCCAGUCGUUCCAGCGCGAGUACCUCGAUGCUCUCAUCGCGUUUUACAAACGACCCUGGUUCUCACGCGCGUGGGUCAUCCAGGAAUUUUCCCUCCCACCACGUGUAACCCUCCUCUGCGGCCACAAAACCAUUCCUGCAGAGACGCUCAUGAUGGCCCUCCAAAUAUUCGAGUCCACCAUCUUUCCCCUCGUCUUGAACAAGUUAUCCGCAGACCAAGAUAUUGUGACGUGUUGGCACGAAAUCAUGGAGCUGAGUGCCAUCCAACCAUUCUUCUCUUCGCGCCAGCGCCGAAAAGCCCGCGACGAGGGCAGGAUAAAAGGGGAUACACUGUUCCACAUUCUGUACAGGCUGUACGUAGAGAAAGAUGUGACGGCCACGCAGCCCUGUGACAUGAUCUACGGCGUUCUCGGCCUCGUGGUAGAUGCAAAGGAGCUGGGCAUCACCGUCGACUAUAGUGCGGGCGAUCCCAACCGUCAAGCAGAUCUGGCGUUCACAAAAGUCGCGCGGGCUAUUGUCGCAUCCGGUAAAGUAGACUUACUCUCAUUAUCACAACACCCCGAGGAAAAUGAGGAAAAAAACCGUGGGGUGAAGCUUCCAAGCUGGGUCCCAGACUGGCGCGCGAAGAUACGGCGUUCCUUCGCCUGGCUCUCAGACGAGUAUCGCCCCCCUCUCUUCAACGCCAGCUCAGGAAAAGACGUUGUAAUCUACCCUCUAGAUAAGGACAACGACGACAUUACCGAUGAGGAUCUCCUCUCUCUCGCAGGCUACACCGUCGACACCCUGGAAACCCUGUCCCCCACUCCCUGGUCUGAUGGCAGCCCCGCACGCACUAACGGCACCUAUGAAAUUCCUCACGCAGAGUACAUCGCUCUCCUGGCGCAGAUUCACCACCUCUGUUCGCUUUCCACCGCAAAGAACUUCCCCAUAUACCCCACCGCCGCGCGCCGCGCCGAAGCCGCAUGGCGGAUCCCUGUCGGAGACCUAGACGAAGAUGUCUCGUCUAUGACAAGGAGGACGUCGGAAACGCAGACGUGCAGGGCGCGGUACGUGGAUUGCCUGCGGGAGCUGGCAACCCAUAUCAAGGCGGAGGGCAUGUCUACGGUUGCGAGUACGACAAGUACGGCGAGGGAAGCGUACGCCAGAAGCCGGGCGGAAUUGGAGACGCUUCUCGCGCAGGACCUCCCCACCGCUGCUACUACCUCACUAAUUAAGGGCCUACACAACCCAAAUGGCGGCAGUGGAGGCUCCAUAUACCGCCUCUACAUGAGACAGAUGGGGGGUAAGCGGCCGUUUCUCUCGCGCAUGGGUUAUGUCGGUAUGGCUCCUUCGUGGGCAGAGCCGGGGGAUAUGAUCGUGGUCUUGCUUGGUGCUUCGGUGCCCUUCAUCGUUAGACCGCUCAGGGAAAACCGUUAUAAGUUCCUGGGAGAGUGCUAUUGUGAUGGAAUUAUGGAUGGGGAGAUUAUGGAGAGCAUGCAGGAGGAGAAGAUAGUUUUGGUUUGA